GGAUGGGGACGGGGGUCGAUCCGCGCAUCACCAUACUGGGGAUGCGGAGUCUGGGGUUACGGGGAAGGUGCAUCAUGCAUCCUGCCAGUGGCGACAGUCGCUUCUCCCGGCGGCCUUGCAGAGUAGGUGCGGUAGGUACGGAGGAGGAAGGAUGCAUGUACUUUGUAGGUCUGGGCUCCGGUGGACCGUGAGGGUGUGGUGCGCAACGAAAAGGCGAAAGUCAAUUUCACACCCUCCCGCCACGUGCAUCAUCGUCAUCCUCGACUUCGCGAACUCCACUCUGCCCUUUCUCGGCUUCAAUUGUGGAAAGCACCUCGAUGUGAUCUUUGGAUAUCAUCUCCUUCGCUAUACAAACACUGGCCUGUCAGUACUACGGCGUGCCAGGCUUAUGUCAUCCUGGCACCUUCCCUCACUAAUCUCAACACCUCGGUUUCCCAAGGGCUUCUUCAGUGAAGCACCUGCUGCACGCCGGUGUUCGCCCUUUCCUUGACUGCAUCGGUCUGAGCAAACAACGACAACGGCAACAGCAACCGUGUCAAGCACCAUCCACCCUUCAUUGAACCAGUCCACACUCCUGCUCGUGUGACAAGCAUCUACACAGCCUGGUCGGCCUUUACCGCGAGCAUCCUCCCAGUCUAUGAUCAGCCAGAAUUGCCCUUCUCUCCGGGCAUGCGCCCCAGCUAACGCGCACCAUGUCCACCACAACACACCGAAAAUUCGCAGUACUGCCGGUAGAGGAAUCCACCAAGUCCUCCCGUAAGGCACCUGAAGCCAGCCCAGAGCCCGCCAAGCCCCGGCGCUUCGCGCCAGAACCUGUCGAGCAAACCACCAAGUCCUCCAAAGAUGCAGCACCGCCGUCUUCCAAUGGCGAACACGCGAAGCCUCGACGCUUUGCUCCGGAGCCCAUGGAGCUACCC